UAAAAUCACCUCCAUUUGUCAUUAGAAAUAUAUCUAUCAAGAGCUGAGAUGAUAUAAAAACGCGAGUUACUUUACUGGAAUAUUACAAUGCAUUUAUAAGAGUUUUCGUAGGAAUGACAAUUCAAUAUAAUUUGUUGAUAACGCUAGAUGGUGAUUAUGAUAGGAAUGGGUAAAAACAAGGAUUUUCAAUGAAUAUGACGAGCAAUAAAAACAGCUUUGAUGAGAAACAGUACGUACAAUAAUGGUUGAGAAGACGAAUGUUUUAUGGAUAACCUUUGGGUUAUUGAUGUAUUUUGCUUUACGUUUAAAAGGAAAUGUCGUAAAAGAUCAAACAGGAAGUGAGAGGAUGUUGUUUUUAAACCUAACUGCUAAUUAUAACUCUAUUUCCCGCCCUGUUAGGAACGCAUGGAUGCACGUGGAUGUACAUUUUUCCAUAGCUCUGAACCAAAUUUUAGAACUGGACGCAAAACACCAAGUACUCUCAACAUAUGUUUGGAUUUAUCAGUACCUUGGGCAAGAAAAAGAUGAGAGAAUUUUGAAAUGGAAUCCAGAAGAUUUCCGGGGGAUUGACAAGAUAAUGUUUUCUUCACGGCAUAUAUGGCUGCCUGAUAUUUAUAUAUUCAACAUAGCAGGGAAAUCACUUGAUGGUUUUGUCAGCAGUAAUGGAUCCAAUGUAUUUGUACGUUCUAAUGGUGAUGUGACAUGGCCUGUCCCAAUACAUAUAAAGAGCGCAUGCCCCGUGGAUGCCACGUUCUUCCCGUACGACAAGCAAACUUGUGACAUACGUUUCGGUUCAUGGAUAUAUGAUAUAUCACAAAUAGACAUCAUUCUACAAAGUGAAAAACCAGAUCUGUCAAAUUAUGUGUUAAACAAUGAGUUUGACAUAGACUCAGCAAGCAUUGCACGGAAAGUCGUAAACAGUUCGCUACACGGUUCGAAACAUCCUAUGGUACAUUUGAAUAUCCGGUUGAAGAGAAAGACUAACUAUUAUGACUACAUCGUCAUAGCCCCUACAUUGAAUCUCUGUGUUUUAACAUUAGCAACAUUUUUAUUACCUUGUGAGUGUGGCUGGAAAAUAGCAAUAGGCCUGACAGUGUUUCUGACAUUGUAUGUUCUACAACUCUUGAUAGCAGAAAAUGUUCCAGACACGAGUUCAACCCCUUUGAUAAGCGUCUUUCUUUUGCUUGUGAUGUCUUUGAACUGUAUUUCCUUGAUCACCGCUACGUUAGUGAUGAAUAUCAAGCGUUUAUCAUACCUUGAACCUCCACCGGAAGUACCCAAGCGUCUACUAUAUUUCUGUGAAAAUUAUCUCAGUAAAAUAAUAUGCGCGCGCAUGUCAGAUUGGAAACGUAUUGCGUCAAACCCAGAAGAUCGUCUGUUAUCGCAUGAAAAGAAGUCAAAACGUGUUCAGUUACUUUCAACAGUUGACAGUUUUGUAAUGACAGAUAAAUCAGAUUCUGCACAUGCGCAGUACGUUCAAUUGCAGGAAUUUCCGUCGGACAAUUCCAUGGAGGAUACGUACACCCCAGAACAGCCAAGAAGAAAACACAACCAAACUAAACACGCCAUAUUCGCAAACAAGAAAUCCACAUAUCGUUAUUCAAACAAUAACGGCAAUUUUAUAGAGGAGGCCAGUUAUACUGACAAACUGUUGUUACACAGACCUAGUGAAAUAUCCGUCCUCAGUAGACUUGAAAAUGUGAAUCAUUCAUUUCAGGACGAUGACAGUGAUUGUGAGGAAACAUCGUUUAGCCCUGGCUUUUCUGGACAUCGAUCGUCAUAUAGAAAAGCAAUAAGAUCCGGACAACAGCAUAGCAAUGUUUGUACUGACAAACAAGUGUCCGAUACUAACUCUAAUAAACAGUCAGUUAUUGCGUGUAUUUCUAGGAAAUAUCAGUGGUAUUUUGUUGCCGAUGUUAUUGAUACCAUUACAUUUCUAUUCUAUAUAUUUACCAUGUUUCUCGCCAUAUUCUCUGUACUUGUUGUAACUCCUUUGUUUGCUUAAGACAUUUCUACCAUUAGUUUUAUAUAGGAAUAAUUUAUAUAUUUCAUAUUUUAAUUAAAAGAUAAAGAUAAACUUAUAAUUCUUUCUUAAAUCCUCUGAUGAAGGUCAAUGGUCAUUUACUUAUAAUAUCUGAAUGAAACAAUACAUAAAAAACUUUCCGGGAAAGCCAUUUACAAGUAAAAAGAUUAAAAAAUACUGCACAGCGGAUAUAUAUUAGAUAAAUUAAAGCGGGUAAUAGUUCAAGGGACACAAAUCUGAUUCAAAUAAAUACAUGUAAUUCGGUAGUUAUCUCCCUUCCUCUUUUUCAAAAGCUUAGCUGAGGAACUUAACUAGAAGUGUUGAGCGACGAAACUACAACUGUUGAACUGCGGGACUGAUUAAACUAGACAAUGUAUUCUAGUUUCAGUGAGACUAAAAAAAGUUAAAUCACGACACUAAAUACCGUAUUCCGAUAUAUAUAGACUAGGCGCUUGAAUGUAUAUGAUUUUAUUAUAUGCUUUUU